AUGUGGUACUCGGCUUUGCCAUCCAAUCUCUCUCCCAGUCAGAAGCCAUAUCCAUUGACUUCCAUCUCCGAGGGUCGGGUCUCACCGCAUUUGAGAGCUAGAAGAGCAACGCAGGCUCCUCUUCCUGAUGCUGUCUCCCCCUCUUUGCGCGAAGCACUCAUUCGAUCAUCCCCAAAGAAGGCCAGACGUUUCUUGACGGAGAGCUUCCACAGUCGCGCUGAACAAUACGACCCAGCUUGGCGUAUUCUUCCGAAGGCCAGCGACUCCAUCACCAACUUGAGAAACCCGAAAUCAAAGAAGCUGUCAAAGAAGGAGUUGAAGUUGGCCAAGCUUCACAAAUCGAAGAAGUUGAACGUCGAAACCUCCAAAGUCGAACUCACCGGUCUGGAUGCCUACAACUCUAAGAUUGCCGAGCUUUGCGCUCUUCGAAAGCUUGAAACGGAACACGCGCAGAAGGCCAAGAAAGCCGUGGAGUCCACUGACUUGAUGUCCGCCAACCCUAUCACCCGAUUCGAUAGUCUGAUUGAUUUCAACGAUCCAUUGUUAUUAAAGAUCACACCUGGAGGCCAUCAACUCUCUGCAGAUUACUUCGCGAAGGUCACGAGGGACUCAACUUCGAAGUCGUCUCAGUCGCACAAAUCCUCCAGCCGCCACCGGAAGAGAAUCGCAUGUAUAACUUUCUAUGAACGAGGCCGUGUUGUACGAGGGCAAAAGUCGGCUUACAUUCGGGAAUGGGAGAAGGAAGCCGCCAAAGCUGCACGAAGCAGAGACGAGGAAGCUGAUGAUAACGUUGACAUGUUCAUCCAGUCGUUCAACAGAAUGGGCAUGAGUUAAUUCUAGGUUGACAUCACAGGAAUUAGAGGAUUGAGAUUGGUCAUAUGGACACCGGCAUGGUUUCAUUUCGGAGAGUAGUUGUGCACUU